CCUGGGAGGACCGGCCCGGGCUCCCCGGCGGUGCGAGGCGGCGCUCCCCGGGAAGGCGGCGCUCCUGCCCGCGCCCCCGCGGCCGGAGGAGCGGGAGCCGCGCCGGGAGCAGGGGGGCACCAUGGUGGUGCCGCCGCUGCUGCGCGCCGUCAUCAUGGGGCCGCCGGGCUCCGGGAAAGGCACCGUCUCCGCUCGCAUUAUCAAGCACUUCGGCGUGAAGCACCUCUCCAGCGGCGAUCUGCUGAGGGACAACAUGCAGAAGAAGACAGAAGUGGGAAUUCUUGCCAAAUCCUACAUUGAUCAAGGGCAGCUUAUUCCAGAUGACAUCAUGACACGACUAAUGCUGAAUGAGAUAAAAGGUCUAGACCGGUACAACUGGCUAUUGGAUGGUUUCCCCAGAACAGUUGCUCAGGCAGAAGCCCUCGAUAAAGAAUGUCAAAUAGACACUGUGAUUGACCUAGACGUGCCAUUUGAGACCAUAAAGUGUCGGCUCACAGCGCGCUGGAUCCACCCUGCCAGUGGCAGAGUCUACAAUCUUGAAUUCAAUCCUCCCAAAGUGCAGCUGUUGUGGCAUCACAUUUCACCUGGAAGCUCUAUUAAUUUACAUCAGAAGCACAGCAGGCCCUGUAGUUUUUGGAUUUGUUGCAGGAACACAGGCCAGCUUGAAAUACCAGAAGAGCAAGGCAAGAUGGAGCAGAGAAUUAUCAGGCUUACCAGAGUAGGCUUCAGCUGCCAGAGCUUUGCUAUUUGAACUGUUUUACCUUUCACUAAUUAGCAGACUUAUCACAACACAGUGGGCUGCAAUACUUAAAGUGAAAACAUGGAAGAGAGCUAAACAGGUGAAAUAGAGUUGUCCGUCUUCUUUUAACAGACCUGCAAAAUACUUACUUAGAAGGAAAGGAAGUUCACAAAUUAGGUCCCUACCUCUGUAGGGAAAGCUUCAGCUGACUCUUACGCCAUUUUUUGUACAAGUGUUGCUAAAUGAUAACUCUUCCAUUUUUCAACUUAAAUCAAAGGGCAAUUAACUCCUUUGCCCAUUUUAAUAUUGUCAAAUGAAGGUCCAAUUUACUUUUUGUUUCCUGUGAUACAGGAAUGUAUUACCAAAAGUAUUGUUUUCCCUUGUACGUGAAGGUUUUGUUUUCAUGUUCCCUACUUUCUAUGAAUGUUCCAGAGGACAAAUUAGUCAAGUUACUAUGAUCUAAUAUUCACUGGCAAUACUGAGAAAAUACCUUUAACUGACAGACUGUUUUACUGGAAAGUCAACAACUUAUAUUCCAGAUAAGAACACAGGCAGCAGCCUCUCUCUUUAUAAGCAGAAAUCUAUACCCUGAUCAAGUGGAAAUUCAUCUUAAUUUAAAUAGAAAAAUCACACAAAGCAUGCUUAAAGAGAAGUAAGAAGUAUACUUUGGUGUUUGCUUUUAACCAU